AUGUUCGAUGAAGAAGCCAAUUUCUGCGCUGGGGCGACACAAAUCCACACCCAUAGCCCUACCUGUAUAAAGUACUCACUGGGCAAGAAGGGUAGGAGUCGAGACCUUUGCCGCUUCAAAGCCCCCUGGCGACUGGUUGAGAAGACCGCCUUCACAGAGGAUGGUGUGCUGCACAUCCGGCGGAACCACGGCAUGGUGAAUCGGUGGAACAAGGCCAUGGCGGUCGGGUUGCGGCACAACCACGAUAUUUCCUUCAUUGCGACGCAAUGCAAGACCAUGGCGCUUAUUUAUUAUGUGACGAACUAUGCAACGAAGGUGGAGGAUCCGGUCUGGAAGCGUAUCGCCGCCGCUGCAGAGGCUCUUCCCGUCUUACAAGUGGAAGAGCAGGGCAGCCGGGCGGAUACUGAGGCCGGUGCUGUAUCGGAGAAUGGUGGCCGAAACAAGACGCGACAAUUCCUGAUGAGAGUGGCAAACCGGAUCUUCACAGAUCGGCCACUGUCUCAGGUCGAAGUCAUCGCUUAUCUGCUGGGAUAUCCGAGCGAAUUCACAAGCAACAGCGCUUGGACAUUUCUGAACGUGUCGCUACUCUAUUGGCACGUCUUCAAGCGAUGGCGCCUUCUCCGACAGUCGAGCGGCGCGGAGGCUGAGGAUGAGUCCACCGAGGAGACAGUGCUCGUGGAAGAGGCGGGCCAGAGGAUAUCCGCUGUCGACGCUUAUCAGCACCGAGGCUAUGUCUUGCGGGGCCUGUGUCUAUAUGAUUAUAUGUCGCUCGUACGACUCAAGCGUAAAGGUAAGGGCAAGGACUCUACACCUUGGGGCGAGGUGCCGUUCGAGAGCGGGUGGCCGUUGGCCUGCGCGUGGACCCAGACUCUGAGACGGCCAGGCAAGCAUGCUACUGUUUGCCUAGACGGCUACCUCAGUAUGGAUUUUGCUCAGGACGACGACGGACCCUGCUACAGGAGGUGA